UACAAUAAAAUCAAUGAUGUUACGUUUAGUCCUUUAGUUAUAAUAUUAUCAUUUUCAUUGGGGGAAAUCACAUAAUUAUGAGGUUUAGUUUAAAAUUCAUGGUGAAAACUUUUGCUGCAAUUUCAUGUCUACUCAUUUUCUUUGAGUUUAUUGUGUAUUAUGUGGUUCAAGGCAAGUGUGAAUAUCCCAGAUUAGAUAAAACAAAAGAAGAUCCCUCAGUAGUGUAUUCCAAUGAAGAACCUGUUAAGGUCAUGGUCUUGGCUGACACUCACCUGUUGGGUUCAAGAAAUGGACAUUGGUUUGAUAAAUUACGCAGGGAAUGGCAAAUGCACAGAUCCUUCCAGACUGCGAUGCAUUUACACAAACCAGAUAUUGUUUUCAUAUUGGGUGACUUAACUGACGAAGGCUCAUUUUGUAAUCCCAAAGAAUUUGAGUAUUAUGUAAAGAGGUUUUACAGUUUAUUUGCUGUUCCUGGUUCAACAAGCCUAUAUGUUACUGUGGGGAACCAUGACAUUGGUUUUCAUUAUCGAAUAAAUCCUUAUUUAAAUUUUAGAUUUGAGGAUGGUUUCAAUACACCUCCAGUGAAGAUAGUCACCAUGAGAGGAAAUCAUUUUGUUCUAAUCAACAGCAUGGCUAUGGAAGGAGAUGGUUGCUUUUUAUGUAAACCUGCCGAGAAAGAGCUUACUCAUAUAGAAAGAAUUCUCAAAUGCUCAAAGGAUAUUCAUUAUGGCAAUUGCAGAAAUAUUACCAGAUUAGAAAAAUACAGCAAACCAAUACUCAUGCAGCAUUUUCCAUUAUACAGACAGUCUGAUAUGGAGUGUAAUGAACCUGAUUCUGCACCACUUCCAAUAAAGGCAGAGAAGUUUCAAGAGAGGAGAGAAUGUCUGAGUCAAGAAGCAACAAAUCAAGUCUUGGAACAAAUUAGACCAAGACUGGCUAUGUCUGGUCAUACACAUCAUGGUUGUGUUAAACCUCUACCCAAUGGGGAAGGAAUGGAAGUUACCGUUCCGAGUUUCAGUUGGCGGAAUAAAGAAAAUCCUAGUUAUUCAUUGUUAACGCUCACACCGAAUAAUUAUGCCAUAUUUCGAUGUGCGAUGCCAAGGGAAUCAUCGGUUAUCAGCGGUUAUAUGAUGGGUGUGAGCUUAAUAAUUAUAUGGUGUAUAUACAAUUCUGAGCAUGAAACUGUCAAUAGAGAUGUAGAUGAAGAUUUUAUUGCGUACAGCAAAAGUAACUUGAAAAAGUAUUUUUAAAUAAGAUAUAUAUAUUAGAUAUUCCUUCCCAAAAUAAUAUAUGUGUAU